CCCGCUUUCCCCCGCAACGACGGCCAGGAGCCGCUGCAGUACGCCUCAGACCUGACCCGUAAACUCCGGCUGCCUUCCGUACAUUGUCUACGCCUCUCGCGCCCCAGCCACCGCUUGCAAGGGCACUAGAACUCAAUCAAGAUGCACUCCGAUGCCUUUGAUGUUAUUCCUUUCGAGGACAUAAAGGGAGAUUGGAAGAAGCUUGGCUCGGGCUCGUUUGGCAAUGUCUAUAAGGGGAACUACCUGGGCAUUGAUGUUGCGAUCAAGGAAGUCUUGCCCUCAAAUGACUAUGACGUCGCGAAGUACUUCGAGCGAGAAUGGCGGCUCAUGAAGGAGGCACGCCAUCCGAACGUCGUGCUCUACCUUGGUCUCUCCCGUGCACCAGACGGGCGCAUCUUCAUCAUAUCCGAGUUCAUCGAGAACGGAAACCUCCGCAUGUACAUCCAUGACAAGACCAAGCCCUUUCCCUGGCGCCUCCGCAUGUCCUUUGCGACGGACAUUGCCCGUGCGCUUGCUUACCUUCACGCACGGAAGUGCAUACACCGGGACCUCAAGGGCGAAAACCUACUCGUGACAGCCAACUGCCGGCUGAAGAUCACGGACUUUGGCUUCGCGCGGAUCGCGGCUCGGAACGAGGAAGAAAGCAAGCGUCUUACCUUCUGUGGUACGGAUUCAUACAUGUCCCCCGAGAUCCUUCUCGGGAACGAGUUCGACCUGCCCACCGACAUCUUCUCGCUGGGAGUCAUUUUCUGCGAGAUCCUUGCGCGCAAGCUUGCGGACGAUCACACCUUCCGCCGGACACCACCGUUGUUUAACAUCGAUGAGGACGAGGUCCGGAGAUUAGCUAGUCCGGGAUGCCCCCCUCCUUUCAUCCAGCUCGCUCUGGACUGUCUGGUACAGGUUCCAAGCCAGCGGCCAACGACUCGGGAGAUUCUUGACCGGCUGCGGGGGAUCGAGGCCGAGGUGCUUGCACGGCCAUCCGAAGACGACAUCCAUCUGGGUACUGUCAAGUUUAUGAGCGGGAUGCGUAGACCCGGCGCCGCUCCUCGCAUCCCGAGCUUUGGCAUGGGUGUCGGCCCACAAGCCAACUCGAAACUCGCGACCGCGGAUAGCGACGAUAGCGACGAUGAGUUCGCGGCUGCAGUUGAAGGCCUGAGCAAGCUCGACUUGCACAGUGCCUGGAGCGACAACACGGAUGGUAAUUCGAGUCACAACAGCGCACAGCCUCUCAUCGACAGCACGUCGAGCUCGUACUCGGACUACAGCACGACUGUCGUUCGGGGGCACUCACCAACGUACACCGAUGCCGCGCCACCCUCAUUGUCUUCCAUUCUCACCAUCCGGCCUUCUCCUAAUCCGAAUGGCUCUGACGAUCUCACGGACCACCCCCUUGCGGUCGGUGCGCAUGCACCUACCCCUACCACGACAGAUUCGAUGCUCUCCAUCGAGUCAUACCACACCGCAUCUUCCUCGUCCAUCAUUACGCCCUCGAUCGCAGCCGCCACAGAGGGCGGAUCGACUAUUCGUGGGUCCGCGACGGUACCCAUGGUCCACAGGUUCACACUCAUCAAGCCCGGCUCGAAGCGCAACUCGAACGGGAAAGACACGCAGCAUGAACCGCACGGCAGGAGCACGUCUCCGUCUCGCUCGACGGAGGCAAUUUGGAGCCCAUUGGAGUUGUUCUUCUCGAGCACAUUGCUGAGCGCUAAGUGCGACGUUUGUGCGAAGCGGCUCGGGUGGAAGCCUGUUCUGGAGUGCGACGACUGUGGCAUGAAGACCCACAUCAAGUGCGGCGACCUUGCUCCCGCGGAUUGCGGUCUUCGCAUGCGGAAUGUGGACCACGCGCAGACCGUGACCCCGCCGACUUCGCCGCCUGCGAAGUUGCCCAAGCUCAACGGAAAGAACUCCUCGCCUCGUUAACCGAUUCAAUAGGUUUCAACAUGGUCGGGUUGGGCAUGUUCGGCAAAUGAACUACUUCUGCAAUUACUUAUCACUAUCCGUACGACCUUAUGACCGUCACGAUUCCAACUGCGUCGCUGUCUGUUGUCAAGAUACCGCACACUUCGCACUGUGUCCGUCAACACAUGUGUAUGCCCCCGUUUUCUUGCCCCUCCCUUCCAUCCUGUUCUGUGCGCUCCCCUUGACUUGUGCAGUUCUUACGUUCUUGUGAUGCCCGACAUGAUCACGAAUUUUUCUUCGCUCAGAGCGUUCCGUUCCUGUCCUCUAUCUAUCACUCAUCCAUCCGU